UCCGUUUUCUCGAUCUUUCCAUGGGUCCUCCUCGAUCUCUCUUCUCGAUCUCGAUCUGUUGGAGUUAAGGCGUUUCGCGGUUCAUGGGUCUCAUCAGAACCAUUUCUUUUGGCGUUUUCGUGGAUUUCUUUUUUUCCUGCGGAAUAUUUUGCUUUUGAUUCGGCGGAUUGCAACCGAACUGAUCUUUCUUUGCUCCGGCCGGUACGGAUGAAUCGAAUGUUGAAAUUGUCGCCGUUCCCCUUGGUGAUAAGAUUAUCGAAGCUCUUCAACUGUUUCUGAUAAGUGAAUAGUUUCGGUUUUAUCCAUGGAUUUGAAUCCCUGUCGGCUUUUGAGAUCGUCUGCCGUCUAUGUUUUUUAUUCAAGCUGGGUCUGCUGAAUCUUUCUUCCGGUUUAAGUUAUUUGCUUUUCAGAAUCUGUUCUUGUACCGUCCGCCGGCAUAAAUCUAGUUUUUUUAGCACUGUUAUUACCUCGUGAGUUCAUGUUUGAUUUCACUUCCAGUUUACGCUGAUCCUGAGAUCGAAAUCGUCUUCUUUUCUGUGUCUUUUCAGCUUCUGCGAUAAGAAUUUAUGGUUUCUGUUGUACCCUUAAUGUGCAUUGGUUAACAGUUUCCAGAGGAAAUCCCUUUCCGCACAAAACUAUAUCGGGAUUUUUGUGGCCUAGUUGAGAUUCUUGUCUUUUGGUGUCGAGAAUUCUAGACUUUGGUUGAAUCUAUAAUAGGGUUUCCUCCCGAAUGCAUCAGUUAAUCAACCGUUGGUGUCAUGAUGUUUUGCGUAAACUGGGAUCCUCAUUCUUCGACUCAAUCAUCCAAGACGAUGGAUGAUCCUUCCACUUCCACGAGUGAUUGACAAACUGGUUAUCUUUUCUUUGUUGCGGUCAGCAGGAAAUGCAGAAGGAAAGACGGGUAUUGCCCGUAUCAAGCAGCAGGCCGAGGGUAUCUCCUUACCCGCUUCGAUCUUCUAGGAACAACAAACAAAAGGAACCGGAGUCUCCACUCCAGUCAGAGGGUGCCAAACAAUGGGAGGACGUCCACUGCGUUAUCUGCAUGGAACCGCCCCACAAUGCCGUUCUCUUGCACUGCUCGUCCUUCUCCAAAGGCUGCCGCCCUUACAUGUGCGACACAAGCUCACGCCACUCUAACUGUUUCAAGCAAUACCGGCGGAGCAAUACCACCAGCCGGUACGAGGUCAAGACCCUCAACUGUCCUCUCUGCAGGGGAGAGGUUUACGGGACGAUGAAGGUGACAAGUGCACGGAGGUUCAUGAACGCCAAACCGAGGACUUGUUCGAUAGAAGAUUGCGGUUUCUCCGGGACGUAUUCUCAGCUGAAAACCCAUUUGAAAACUUCCCACCCGGAUUUCACCCCGCCGAAGAUCGACCCGUGGAAACAGUACAUGUGGGAACAGAUGGAGAGGGAGGCGGCAUACAUAGACAUUCUCAGCGCUGCCGAGAUUCAACGUCAGAGGUGGACGGCCGAGCAGAGGGUGGAGAUGAUGCAUCAGCAGCAUCAGAUACCGUUCGGACACUCGGUGUUUCAGGUGAGCCUGGGAGGCGUGGUGGAGGAUCUGUACGGUUCGAGUGUAGGGAGCAGCCAUUCGAGAGCCACUGCUUAUAUUCCCCGACUUGAGUUUCGUGCUACCUUCUGAACCCUGAGGUUGUUUAGGUUUAUACAGCACCAACAUAUUUAAAGUUGUCGUUUUUAUGUGUCUUUCAUCAUUCUUCUCUUA